AUGCAGGCCAUUUUCGCGGAACCGGUAUCAUGUUCAUGUCAAGCACUACCUCCUGUCACCAGUUUGAAGCCAAAUCAUUCUAGAAAUCCGGACAACAUUACGCAAACGAUGAGAUUGACACCGCUUAUAACCGGUGUUGCCGGGGUUACAGCCAUCACCACCACCUUCUGCAUCAUCUUUGUCGCCUACCUGAUCAACGACAUCAACAACUUCUAUGACGAAGCUAUCGAACAGUUUGCUGAUUUCAAGAUCCUUUCAGGACCUUGCGAACUCGGCAUGGCACGAAAUGAGACCGUCACCAACCGAAGCUCUCCGUCAAGUACGCUUCCAUCGCUCCGUAGACGUCGUCAAUUCCCAGAUUUCUGCGAUUGUGCACCGCAAGCCGUGGGUUGCCCUGAUGGACCACCAGGACCCCCGGGUCCAGUAGGACUGCCUGGAGAAGCAGGAUCGCCAGGAAAGCCGGGUAUAAGAGGAAAUGACGGCGUUGGAAUUUCAGGUGCAGCUGAACCUGAAGGAUGUAUCAAGUGCCCUGUGGGUCCACCAGGAGAAGCGGGUCCAGAUGGGCCACCAGGACCACCAGGACCCGACGGACCACCCGGUAGCAACGGAGGUGUGGCAGAAACUGGAACGCCUGGACCACCUGGACCACAAGGAGAAGCUGGACCGCCUGGACCACCAGGAAAACCUGGUGUAAAGGGAAUGCCUGGAGCUGACGCGAUGGAAGCAAUUGGAUUACCUGGACCUCGAGGAGCACCUGGACCAGCGGGUCCUCCAGGUGAAGCUGGGGAGCCUGGUGCAGAGGCAGAAACUCCUCCUCCUGGACCACGUGGACCUCCUGGUCCUCCUGGUAAGGCCAUCAAGGCUAUCAAGGCGAUCAGGGAGACGUGCAAGACACAACGGUUCUGCUGUGGGACGUCGAAUGCAUCGAAGGAUGUCCAGUCCAAGAAGGGUCUUAAUAGUACGAGGAGUAAAGAGGCACUAGUUGCUACGAUACUGUAA